AUGCAGUCAGGAAUAUCAGCGUCGCAAGAAUUGCACGAUGCGUUCAACAAACUCGUGUCCUCAUCAUCACAACGAGGCCUCCUGGCAACCAUAAAGAACGAAACCCUCGUACCCCUCGAGACCCUCCAAGCCAACCAGGACUUCCGCAGCGAUCUAUCUGGUCUCUCGCAACACCUCAGCAAAGACGAAGCAAGAUAUAUUCUGCUCAAGCAAGAUGGCUCGGCAGCCGACGGCUACGUUGCCGUAACAUACGUCCCGGAUACCGCCAAUGUGCGUCAGAAGAUGUUGUUUGCGUCCACUCGCUUGACGCUGGUGCGUGAAUUGGGCGUCGAGAGGUUCCGCGAGACUGUGUUCUGCACUACUGCUGAGGAGCUCACUCCCGAGGGUUGGGACCGUCAUGAGAAGCACAACCGUUUGGAUGCGCCUUUGACUGAGGAAGAAGCUGGUUUGAAGCACAUCAAGGAUACCGAGGCGUUGGAGAGUGGAGGCACUGGUGGUAGGAGUCUGCCCAGUGCAGGCAUUGCUCUCAACCUGGGCGACGAGGUUACUAAUGCCCUUGAGGGUCUCAAGGAUUCUCGUGAGGGCUCUCUGGUUAUGAUUAAAAUUGACGUUCCCACCGAGACACUACACCUCGAUGCUUCGAAGCAGGACAUCCAGCCCGCCAGCCUCAGCUCCGAGAUCAGCUCGUCGGAACCUCGCUACUCGUUCUACAACUAUCCUGGUCAGCAAGGCGUCGUCUUCCUGUACAGCUGCCCUGGCAAGAGCAAGAUCAAGGAGCGCAUGGUCUACGCUUCGUCACGUUCGCAGCUCGUUACUCUGGCAUCCAAUGUCGGCCUCAACAUCACAAAGAGACUCGAAGCCAGCGAGCCAGAUGAGUGGUCGGCAAGCACUCUGGCCUCGGAGUUCCAAGAGCAAAAGGUCGAAAGCAAAACCUUUGCAAGACCCAAGAGACCUGGAAGAAGAUAG